AUGAAUAAAGAUUUCUCCUUCGACAUUCUUGGGUUUGUGUCUUCUGUGACUUCAACGUUAUAUGUGGAGAUUGGUUCUCUGUUCCUUUUUCUUCUCCAACUCCAUUGCUUUAUGCAGUUUGAAGAAGGAUGUAUCCACUAUUGCGAAAGUGAAUCUGAAAUCGAAAUCUUGGAAGCGUCUCCCAGGGAAAACCCACUGCCGGAGAAACCCAUCUCACCCCAACCACGGAAGACAUGGCUGACAGUUUUGAAGGAAGAGUUGCAGUUCCUGGGGGUGACACAAAUUCUGAUUGGCUUGAUAUGCCUUUGUUUAGGCAUAAUUGUCUGUGCUGUACUUGAUAUUUCGGAUUUUGAAAAAAGAAUAUUUGCAUCAUUUAGAGCAGGCUAUCCAUUCUGGGGAGCCAUAUUGUUUGCUAUUUCUGGAUUGUUGUCAAUCAUAUCCGAAGAGAAAAAGGCAGUGAAUCUGGCGAGAGGCAGCCUGGGAGCAAACGCCGUGAGCAGCAUUGCUGCAGGAAUCGGAAUUGUCAUUCUGAUCCUCAACCUAAGCUACAGCUCAGCUUACGUCAGCCAAUGCAAAGGCCUUCAUGAGGACGACACCUGCUUUGUGGCUUCUUUUACCAUUGAAAUUGUGACAAUGAUGCUGUUUCUUACCAUCCUGGGGUUUUGUAGUGCUGUGUUCCUCACCAUCUAUGGGAUUGGGGAAGAAGUCAGUGGAAAUAAGGUUCCAGAUGAUCGUCUUUAUGAAGAAUUAAACAUUUAUUCACCGAUUUACAGUGAGUUGGAAGAGAAAGGGGAAACAUCUUCUCCAAUUGACUCCUAA